GCAUAUCAGUGUUUUUACGUAUAUACAAAUAAUAAUUAACAAAUUAUGUACUAAACUAUUCGAACUCUUAAUGUAAUAGAUGUCACUCUUAAAUAUAUGACUAUACAAUACACGUGUUAGUUAUAUUCUAUCAGUUAAUCAUGAAAUUUAAUAUUUUUAUAUUGUUGUACAUGACUUUCGAAGAAAAACCUACGCUAUGGUAAAUAAAGUAAUUAAAAAGGUUUCUGGUGUCAAUUCACUUUCAUUAUCUUAUAAUGAUGUUAUUGAAAGAAUCACAGGUUCCAAGCGUGAUUCAUUUAAAAUUCCUUCAUCCAUUAUAAAAGAUAGAGAAAAAUUUUGGGAUAAAUUCUUUUUUAAAUAUUCAGAACAAGAAUUUAAGGAAACUGAAUUGGAUAUUUUUACAUUAAAACCUUGUAGAGAAGAAAGUCAGAAAUCAAUAGUGGAAACAAAGAAAGAGCUUGUGUGUAAACCAUUAAGUGUAAUACAAUAUUGGAUAAAUACAGGUUAUCUACCCUACAAAAUACUUUAUAUGAACAAGGACAAAUUGGACGUUGGAUUAUUCACUGAAAAAUCUGCAAGUUCAUCGCAUUCUAGGUCUUCUAGUAGCUCUGUUGAUACUGCUGCUUAUAUUUUAUCAAAUAUGAAUGUAACUAACAAAGUAGAAACAAUGGCUAUUAUAGAAGGAGCAAAAGAUAAUUCAGUAAUAACUUCCCAGAAUGCACAAGAUAUUGAAAUAAUACAAGAUAAAAUGCACAAAACCAAUAAUGAAAAUAUUAUAUUGAAGAAUAAUAAUGGUAGUAUUACAUUGGAGAAUAAUGAUAAUAUCAUAUCAAAUCAUAUGCUUCAACGAAAGAAUAUAAAUGUAGAAGAAUAUAUAACAAAAGCACAAAGAAAUUCAGAUGACGAUAACAUAGAUAUAUUGUCAGAAACAAUUAAUACAGAUAAUGAAACAACUAAUAAAUAUAAAUCUGAUUAUAAUAAAUUGUUGACAAACAAAAUGUUAAUGCAUACAUUUGAUGAUAUUAAUAGAAACUCUCAUAUUGAACAAAAUGUGAAAUUAUCAAAUGCUGAGGAACCUUACUCGAUAAAAGAAAACCGUAUGUGGGAAAAUAGUUUUACAAAAAUAGGACGAAAGAAAUUGUACAGUGGUAGAGAUUCACCUGUUGAUCUUAUUAGAACAGAAAGUAGUAGCAGAAGUACAAUAUCUAUAUCAAACCAAAGUUUACAUCCUGCAUUGGAUUUUGGAUGUAACUCAAAAAAAUUUAAAAUUUAUAACAAAAGAAAAAUGUAUCAUUCUGCCCCAUUUCACAAAUUAAUUAAUAACAGUCGACUUAGUGUUUCGUAUUAUGACAAACGUAAGAGACGUAUAAAAAAAAGAAGUGAGCAAAAAUUUAAAACUUCAUUGACUAAUGGUAUAGAAAAUACUGUUUCUACAAAUCAAAACAUUAAAGAUAGUUCUGUGUUAAAUCAAUAUUUGGUGAAAGGUAAGACUGAUAAAUGUGCAAAUAGUUCUUUAUAUAAAAAACAAGCAAACAAACAAAAGAAAUUUAAUGAAUCAAUAAAUUGUUUACAAGAAAUGAAUAUUGAAAAAUACCAGAAAACUAAUAAUACGACAAAAGAAUGGGAAAAUUUAAAUCCAUUAAUUUGUUUGACACGAUUAUCAAACGAUGAUAUUGCAAAAUAUAAAAAGUUAAAAAAGACAACAAAUAUUAACAAUCUAGAUACAAUUCGAUUACAAGAAGUUAAUACUGAAAGGCAUAAAAAAUCAAAUAAAAUGACGAAUAUGAAACACUUAGUUGUCUAUUUAUCACGUUUGUCAAAACGCGAUAUUGAGAAAUAUAAAAAACCAAAUAAUAAAUUAAAUCUAAAUCCAAUAGUUCGUUUAAAACGAUUAUCAGAGCUCGAAAUUCAGAAGUAUACAAAAUCUAUUAACAUAACGAAAAGUUUUGAUAAUUUAGAUACAGUUACUUCAUUAAAUAGAAUAUUAAAUAAAAGUGGAGCAUUAAAAUCUACCCAAUUACAAAAUGAUAAUGUAAAUGAUGUUAAUCAACUUUUUUCCUCAAACAUUAUGAAUUUAGUGACUGACGACACUACUAGCGAAAGUAGUGUUUUUAUUUGUAAAUGUGAUAAUAUAUCAUUUGAUGACUGUUCUGUAGAUAAUUUAUCCAUGUCUUCCAAAAGUAGUCUUCAUUCUUAUUCUACUAGUACAAAAAAUCAUAUGUUAGAAAUAGAAGAAAGAUUUUACAAUAAAAGAAAGAGAUUAAAUAGUGAAGUUCGUAACAAAAAAGUAGAUACGUCAAAAGCAUGUGUAAAAAAAGGAGUAAAAAGGAUAAAUAAUGAAAAAUCAUUAAAACUUAAUACCAGUAAGAAUAAUCUUAAGCGAAAGUAUGCUACGAGAAAUAGAAAAUAUACAAAAGUAUAUAGUAUGGAUAAUUCUUUUAAUAAUAAUUCAAAAACUUCAGAUAUAAAUAAAGAUGUACAUCAUACAAAUGAUAUAGCAUCAUGUCCUGAUGAACCAAGAAUAGUUUUUGAAAAUAAUAAUGCAAAUGCAAACAAAAAUAAGAAGAGACAGUACAUCACGUUUUCAUCUGAUGAGGAUGAUGAAUUCAUAAAACUUGUACAUUGUUCAGAAGAUACACAAAAAUCAAAACAAAGACAACAGCAUAAAACACUAAAUAAAAAUUUUAAUACAGUGGAAAAAUUAGGGACUAUUUUAUCAAAUCAAUCAUUUUCUGAGUCUCCAAUUAAGGAUACUAGAUUUAAAAGAAUGAAUGAAAAUUGUAAUCAGAAAUUAAUUAAGGCACAAACUGAAAUCAAAAAUCAAACUAAAUUAUUACCUAUAAACAAGAAAAGAAAAUCUUUAUGCUUUAGAACAAAAAUCUUUGAUUCUGAUUCUGAAUCAUUGACAACAUCAUAACAUUCAUUUAAUAAUUUGUUUGUAGAUAACGAAUGAAACGUAGUAAUUUAACAAAUUAUUAUUUAAAAAGAAGAAUCUCUUGAAAUAUUUUAUUGAGUUAGAGUGGAACAGAUUUUACACGUACAAUUAGUCUGUAUUAUUUCUACCCGCGUCAUUUUAAAUUAUAAAUAUUAAAAAAAAAUAGAAAAGGGG